CAAUUUCGGAACCUCAAAACAUUUCAGAAGGUUUCUUUGAGGUUAUUCUAUUUAUUUAUAUCUUGUUUGAUAUUGAUGUCGGUGUAAAUUAGAUAGUUGACAGCAUCAGGUUUUUGAUAAAAUUCUUGCAAAAAGUAAUGUUAGGAGUCAUGGCGGCUUAAAGUUUCAUAUUAUUUAUUUUAAAAAGUGGACAUGUAUUAUCUAAAUUUGGAAAUAACAAUGCAACUUUAAAUUCAUCUUUGUUAAACUGUUAUUUUAAUAAUAAUGCAAAACGAAGAUCGUCUGAGGGCUAUGUUGAAAGAUCUAGGAAGAUCUACUCUCCGUGGAAUAAGAAAAUGUUAUAAAUGUGGGACACUUAAUGGUACCAGAGGGCUUAGUUGUAAAAAUAAAGCUUGUGAUGUUGUUUUUACUGAAGCGGGAAGAAGAAAAAAACAAAGUAUGGAAGUAUGCAAGCUUAAUACGGGUACAUCAACUCGGGUAUUUUCUGUUCGAGUGAGAGACAAGGGACCUGAUUUUAGGGGAUUCGUACAACUUCCUGUUGUGCAACCUAAUCUUGAUGAAACUGAGUCAGCUUAUUUGAACAGUCUUUCAGCUUUGUGCUUUGUUGAAUCUUGUCAACGACUUUUCAAUACCAGUUUGUUGAAAUGCCAUGAAAGUGGAAUGGUACAACCAACUACCACUUGCCAGCAUAUACAAUCUGCUAUGAGAUGUUGUAGUGAUGCAGUGGUCCUUCAUAUUGAUUACAAGGCUUUAGAGACAAUAAAUACUUCCAAGUAUAUCAAAGAUACAAUAUGGCAGUUGAACACAGAUACACCUGGUGCUUUAGUUCAAAGGGUAUCCAAAGCUAUAAUGGCUGUGAAAUGUAAAGUUACAACAAAACAUCCUCUUGGAUUUCUCCACGUUACCUUUUUUUUAUCUACAAGACUGAAAGAAAAAGAUUCUUACUUCACAUGUACCUGUGCUACAUACAAGAAUCAUGCCAAAUCAUUGGAUAACUCAAAAAACUGUAUUCAUUAUUAUGCUUGUGUUGCUGCUUUUGCUUCUGAUGCGAAAUUGACCACUGAAUUUUCUACCUUUGUCUCAAGGGAAAGGAUUGCAGAAAUAUAUACUGUUGAAAUAGAUGCAAAUGAGGAAGAAUGCAGGUUGGUGGAAAUUUUAAAUAAUACUAUAAACCAAAGUGAAGUAGAAAUUGAAGUAUUAGAUAAAGAUAGUUCCUUUAUACUUCCUGAAUUUCCUGAAACGGAUUUAGAUGGUUUAACAUCCAUUGUUGAUGUUUCAAAUGAUCUUGGUACUGGUCUUGACUCUCAGAAUUUCUCAUCAGUUAUGAAUCAAGACAUCACUGGUAAAAUAAAGAUUAAGCCUAAACCAAGAAAAAAGAAAAUAUCGUCAAACACAUUAGAAAAAAAGAGAGGAGGUAACAAAGAUUUCAUGAAACAAUUUCAUUUUGCUGAAGUGUCACCUGAUCCUAACUCAGUAACAUUACCUUUUAUAAAUUGGCUUGCUUCCGUCACUGAAAGGAUGAACCAGUUAAUGCACUUUCAACUAGAUGGAAAACCAGAACCUCUUGUCUUCCACAUUCCACAUUUAUUUUUUGAUUGCUUGUUGGAUCGUUUCAUGACUCAAUCCAUUGAAGGUAACAAACGAAAACGUCUUCCAAAUCUAGUCACCACAUUCGACAGAAAAACAACUCCACCAUUUGGAACUUUCUACAAUUACACCUGGCAUAUUACUAAUCUCUCUCAUGCCAAAGCCAUCUUUGACACACCAUUACUCUCAUUAAAUCUCUCACGAAGCUUCGUUCAGACUGGUGAAGGAACUUACGAAGAAUUGGAUCCUGCUAGUAUUGAAGAAGGGUUGGUGAGACGGGAAGGCCAACGCCCAAUUCGACCUAUUGAACUUAAAACUUAUCUCAAAAUUGGAGUCGACUCACCUGAUCAAGAAUCUCCUUCUAUUUUGUCGAUUAAUUGGACUCCGAAUGUUCUUCCUAUUUCAAAAAUUGGCGAAUUAAAGAUUACUUUUGAAUACGGGCAUAUACAUGGUCAUCUUUAAUGGAAUAAAUGUGAGUAAAUAAAAACUUUCUGAACAAUGCUUGACUGCUGCAACAGGACAUUACUUUGGCUUAUCAUUCUAUUUCUGUUUGGAAUUGUUGAAUUAACCUAUAAUUCUGGA